UUUAGUAGUCAAAGGAAUCACCGUCUUGCAUCAAGUCCCCACCACAAAACCAACGCUUCAGAAAUCCCCUAAAACAGACACACCCAAUUGCAUUCUAUCUAUCCCUAAAUCUCUCUGUUUCCUCCCACACCCUACAAUUUCCCUCCUCUUUUCCCGCUUCCUUAAUAAACCCCUUAAUUUUAAAACCCUAGAUUUCAAUCAAAAAUUGCACCAAAGAUCCCUAAAUUUUGCUAACAAUUUCUACAUUGAUUCACAUAUUUUCUUGCCCUAACACAGUUAUGUUUCAGAAUCAAAAUGGAAGACAAUAAUAAGUUGAUGUUUGAUAAAAAUGAGAGCUCCAGCAACAGCAAGCCACCUAACCCUCUCUCUGGGCCCUACCGUUUAGUUGCUUCUGCCACCAAGAAAUCCCUUGUUCGACAUCCCUCUUUGGUGAAGUUAUCAGAUGUUUCUCUUGAACCAAGAGCAGCUACAGGUGAUCAUGCAACAGAGUACCUUCCCAUACUUCGCUCAGGUGCUUGGGCUGACAUGGGAUCUCGGUCAAGCAUGGAAGAUGUGUAUGUGUGUGCCGACAAUUUUAUGGGCCUCUGUAGAUCAACUAGUUCUAAUGAAGGGACUCGUGCCUUCUAUGGGGUUUUCGAUGGACAUGGAGGAAAGCAUGCAGCUGACUUUGCUUGCAACCACUUACCAAGGUUUAUUGCCGAGGAUAAAGAUUUCCCAAGGCAGAUUGAUAGGGCACUUUCUUCUGCAUUUUUGCAAACUGAUACUGCUUUCGCAGAAGCCUGCACCUUGGAUGCUGAUCUUGCUUCCGGUACCACUGCUUUGGCAGCCCUUGUUAUUGGAAGUUCGCUGGUUGUGGCAAAUGCAGGAGAUUGUAGAGCUGUACUCUGUCGCCGUGGUAAAGCUAUUGAGAUGUCGAGAGAUCACAAACCAGGUUGUUUUAGGGAGAAAGAGCGCAUUGAAGCUUCCGGAGGAUAUGUGUAUGACGGCUACCUGAAUGGACAACUUAAUGUGGCUCGUGCUUUAGGAGAUUGGCACCUGGAAGGAUUAAAAUCUAAUGAUGGUGGUCCCCUUAGUGGAGAACCUGAACUUAUGAGCACCAGACUUACAGAAGAGGACGAGUUUCUAAUAAUAGGCUGUGAUGGUAUAUGGGAUGUCUUCAUGAGCCAAAAUGCUGUGGACUUUGCUCGUCGAAGGCUUCAGGAACACAAUAAUCCAGUGAUGUGCAGCAAAGAUCUCGUUGAUGAGGCUCUGAAAAGAAAGAGUGGGGACAAUUUAUCUGUGGUUGUGGUGUGUUUUCAAAAGCAGCCACCUCCUAACUUGGUUGUGCCACGCGGAAGGGUGCAUAGGAGCAUUUCUGCAGAAGGUUUAAAAGAGUUGCAGGGUUUCUUGGAUACCUUGAAAGAUUAAGAUAGUAAACCAUAGUCUUUCUGUUUUAUGUUCAUUUAGUUUUUCGGUCUGUUUUAGGAGUUAAAGAUCUCUCCUCCCCUCUUUUCCCUGUUCUUUUUCCUCCCUCUGUUGUUUCUCAUUCUUGUAGCGUUAGAUGAUGGGAGAGAUUGACAAACCAACUGUAACAUAUGCGGCGCCGUUGUCAGAUUACUAACAUUUUCUGUGUUCUAGGUGGUCCUGGACCUUCUUGAUAACUUUAAUUGAAGAUAUCAUCUCCAUUAAUUCUCUCA